GCGCAGAGGGCGCACCGGUAAUUGGGUACCCGGCGUCGAUUGUGUCCCUCACCUCAACAGCCUGAACUGCUUCGCCUCCCCGCAGGCAACGGGGCCAUGCUACUCACCUUCGUCCACAGUUCUUCUCGCCUUUAGACCCGUCAAUUCCGGAGCACUGCACUUUCAUUUCAUGCCGCGCGAAGUCAGGCGGAACACGCUACUACACAUCCCGGACAUGCCUGCUCCGCGAACGACCCACUGGGACGACGAGGACGAGGAUGAUAGCACCCCUCGCGUCCGAAAGCGAUGGUUCCACUACAUUCCGCUCUUUCUGGCUGUGCUUCUAAUGCUGCUACCACACCCUUCUCUUCUGCUCGUCCUCGUCAACUACCACCUCCACCACCACUGUUACUGGCUAGGAGAUAAAUGUAUUGGCCACCGCACGUACGCCGCGUUCCUCCAUCUACUCACCUGCAUUGUAUUGCUCUCUGUGUACAUCGCCGCCCUGUGUGUACAAGCGGUGUACUUCGCCUUCACCAACCCACUAGCAUCGUACGACGAGAACACACCACUGCACGACAUAUACCUCGCAUUUACGGGAUCGACAAACCAGACGACGCUCGAGAACGUGUCCCCCUUCCUCCUCCUCCGCCAUCUCCCGCCGCUCCCGCGCUCUUCAUCGGACGCGCCGUCCCUCCCCGACGCGCCGCUCGAGCACCAGCUCUCGCACGCGCAGCGGCGCCUCGUGCGCGACGCGCACUUCCACGUCCGGAACUGGGCGCAAGUCGCGGGGUGGGACCGACCGUGGGGAUGGGUGCACAAGCUGCUCGUGGGGGGCGGGUGCAAGGGUGACGGGCAGACGUUUCCUAGGAAUCCGCGGGCGGACAACAAGGACUAAUUAUUUCCGCGGACGUUUGUGCACUGACUAAUGGAUGUCUCUUCCCCGGCGACUACUCGUCAGCAGCGUCGCUGACUAUCUCUCUAUGAU